CGGCCCCGGGGGUGGUGCCAUCUCGGCGCGCGCGGGGCUCGUCCUGGAAAUGACUCGCGUGCAGUUCCAGAAUAAUUCGAGUCAGGUGACAAGCGGGUCUUUUCUAUUGCGGUCGGUGCUGGCAGGGCCGUGUCGCUGGGCCCACCUUCUCCUCGCGCCUGCGACGGUCGCUCCGAAGCGCCAGGGGAAGUUGUCUUCCCUGGAGUGGGCAUUUGAAAGCCACCUGACAGUCUUCCCGAGGCGGCAGCCGGGGCCCUUGAUCCUCUGGGUUUCAGAGCUUUUUGGGGUCGUUGGUGUUCUUGACGGCUGAUAUUUAGUGUUGGAACUUAAGGACUCGGAAAGUGACUUUCUUCUGUUCAAGAAGUCGCACUGCGAGUGCAUCUCCCCGCCGUGGACGCUGCCUCCCCUCGGCCACAGCGCUACCGAAGGCACAGCUCCGGGGCAGGCUUGCAAUGGGCUCCUGAAACACUGUAGAUUUUUGUCCAGAGUUGCUAGAAUGGUUAAGUUCUUCAAACAACAUUCGCCGUGAAGAAGCUUCAUCGUGUUUGUGUGCCAAAUGGUGAGACAGAAAUUGGUUUGCGGAAGAUUCACGAUUUCGUGCCGGAGCGGUGGUAGUGCGAGCGGACCAGAGACCAAUGUGUGUGGUUCAGCUGUGACCCAGCCACAGAGGCGAGCUGCCGUUGCCGGUUCACGUACAGACGUCCUCUGCAGUGUGACUCCCUUUAACUUUGGCGUGAAUCACAGAGCGCCGCCCUACCCCGCCGGGGAUUACUGCCUUCUGUGCCGGAGCGAGCGGAAAGACUCCUCCUUCUUGGAGAGUGGGAUGAAGACUGCGAGCAAAUUGGCCCUUUCUAUGGCUCCCAAGGGCAACAGCGUGCUGCACCUGCCACUCUGGGUGUGCCCGGACUGCCGGCGGACCGUGGAGAAGGAGGAGAGGCACGGUGGCCUGGACCAGCCGGUGGGCCAGGACUUCCUGCUCCAUGGCCCUCUGGGCGGGGCCCCGGCGGAGACAGGCGGCGGGAGGCUGGCUCUGGGUGCCCAGCCUCCACCCUCGGACACGGCCUGUGCUUGUGACGCCUGCAGUGAGCGCAGGGACAUCUCGGCGGAGACGGACCGGGAGCCUCAGCAGCUGCAGAACUACUGGUCCGAAGUGCGCUACAUGGUCCGCUGCAUCUACCGCCAGGCGGGGACCCCGCUGGCAGACGACCAAGACCAGUCCCUGGUGCCCGACAAGGACGGGGUGAAGGAGCUCGUGGAUAGGCUCUGCGAGAGGGACCCCUACCAACUGUACCAGCGGCUGGAGCAGCAGGCCCGAGAGUACGUGCUGGAGAUGAAGGUCCGUCUCCUGCGGCAGCUGUCGGCCGCGGCCCGCGUGCGGGCGCCGUCUGGCCUGCAGGGCCCGCCCCAGGCCCACCAGUUCAUCUCCCUGCUGCUAGAAGAGUACGGCGCCCUCUGCCAGGCUGCCCGAACCAUCAGCACCUUCCUCGGCACGCUGGAAAAUGAGCACUUGAAAAAGUUCCAGGUGACAUGGGAACUGCAUAAUAAGCACCUGUUUGAAAAUCUGGUUUUUUCGGAGCCCCUUCUCCAGAGCAACUUGCCAGCGCUGGUGUCUCAAAUCAGGCUGGGGACCACGACGCACGACACCCGCAGCGAGGACGCCUACAGCACCCUGCUGCAGCGGUACCAGCGCUCCGAGGAGGAGCUGCGCCGGGUCGCCGCCGAGUGGCUGGAGUGCCAGAAGCGGAUCGAUGCCUAUGUUGACGAGCAGGUGACGGCGAGGACCAAGCCACGCACGCCGACAGAGGACUGGGAGACCUUCAGACAGCGGCGGUUCCUCGAAGAGCAGUUAACCAGUAAAAAAGCAGUCACAGGUGAGAACAACUUCACAGACGCCGUGAGGCAGGUGCUGUCGUCCCGGCUGAGCGUGCCCGACUGCCCCAGCUGCCACUACCGGAGAAGGUGUGCUUGCGAUGACUGCAGCCUCUCCCACAUCCUCACGUGUGGCAUCGUGGACCCCCCCGUCCCCAGCGACACCCACGUCCACCCGCUGCCGCUCCAGGUGGGCUCUGCUCCUGACUGUGUCUCUGAGAUGCGCCCGCCCAGCGAGUCGUCCGCGAGCUCGGGGUCGGGCUCCAGCUCCCCAGUCACCAUCCAGCAGCGUCCCAGACUCGUCCUCACAGAUGGCGGCCCCGCUCCAGCUUUCUGCAGUGACGAUGAAGAUGUGGCUCCGUUGUCUGCCAAGUUCGCUGACAUUUAUCCGCUGAACAACUACAGCGAUGCCGAGGUGGUGGCCAGCAUGAACGGACUGCACAGCGAGUUAAACGGCGGUGGGGAGAACAUGGCCCUGAAAGACGAGUCCCCGCAGGUGAGCAGCAGCAGUGGCAGCUCUUCAGAGGCUGACGACGAGGAGGUGGAUGGCGGGAGUAGCGGGGAGCCCCCCGGAGCCCCGCAGGAAGGCACGGCCCUUGGGAAUGGGAACCCCAGGACAGAGGACAGCAAAGUGGACAGUCCCCCCCCAUCUUACCCCGCUCAGCAGGCCGAACAAGCUGCCAACACUUGUGAGUGCCACGUCUGUAAGCAAGAAGCUUCCGGACUGCCGCUGUCGGCCAUGACGGCCGGAGCCCUUCCGCCUGGCCACCAGUUCCUGAGCCCAGAGAAGCCCACGCACCCUGCUCUGCACCUGUACCCCCACAUCCACGGGCAUGUGCCCCUGCACACCGUCCCACAUCUGCCUCGCCCUCUGAUCCACCCCACCUUGUACGCAGCUCCCCCCUUCACACACAGUAAGGCUUUACCACCAGCACCUGUUCAGAAUCACACAAAUAAGCAUCAGGUAUUCAAUGCAUCUCUUCAAGACCAUAUUUACCCGAGCUGUUUUGGGACUACUCCAGAGUGGAAUAGUUCUAAGUUUAUAAGUCUUUGGGGAUCAGAAGUGAUGAAUGAUAAGAACUGGAGUCCUGGCACUUUCUUGCCAGAUACAAUUUCUGGGAGUGACAUACUCGGGCCGACGCUCUCAGAAACGAGACCAGACGCCCUCCCACCGCCAUCGAGCAAUGGAACGCCUGCGGUGUUGGACUGUAAAGAGAAAAAAAUUGUUGCAAAAAAGAAAUGUCUGUACAAUUUCCAAGAUGCUUUCAUGGAGGCGAACAAAGUGGUGAUGGCCACAUCGUCAGCCACCUCCUCCGUGUCCUGCACGGCCACCACGGUGCAGUCGAGCAGCAGCCAGUUCAAAGUGUCGUCCAAGAGGCCUCCCUCCCUAGGCGAGGUCUUCCACGGCAUCAGCAAGGAGGAGCACAGGCACGCCGUGCCCGCCGCCCCGAGGAGCAGCCCCACGGGCCUGGCACCGCUCCCCACGCUCACCCCCGCCGCCCUCUCUCCAGCCUCCACGCCUCACCUGGGGAACCUCGCAGCCCCCACCUUCCCCAAAACUGCGGCCCCUUCCCCAGGGUUUGGGGAUUCCCGCAAGAGCUUCUGUCCUGCUUCAGUGGCAGCCCCGCCCCCCACCACGGAUGGCUCCAUCAGUGCACCUCCAAGUGUCUGCAGUGACCCCGACUGCGAAGGGCACCGCUGCGAGAACGGCGUCUACGACCCGCAGCAGGACGACGGGGACGAGAGUGCCGACGAGGACAGCUGCUCGGAGCACAGCUCCAGCACCUCCACCUCCACCAACCAGAAGGAGGGCAAGUACUGUGACUGCUGCUACUGUGAAUUCUUCGGGCACGGAGGGCCCCCAGCUGCACCCACAAGCAGAAAUUAUGCAGAAAUGAGGGAAAAGCUUCGCUUACGGCUGACGAAGAGGAAGGAGGAGCAGCCGAAGAAGGCCGGCCAGCUGUCAGAGCGUGAGAGCGUGGUGGACCACCGCCGGGUGGAGGACCUGCUACGCUUCAUCAACAGCUCCGAGGCCAAGCCCGCCAGCAGCUCGCGAGCCGCCAAGCGGGCGCGCCACAAGCAGAGAAAGCUGGAGGAGAAGGCGCGCCUCGAGGCGGAGGCCCGGGCCCGGGAGCACGUGCACGCCCACGAGGAGCAGCGGCAGGGGCAGGAGCAGGACGCCCGGCUCACGGUGGAGCUGCGGCGGCUGCAGGAGCUGCAGAAGCUCCGCUCCGUGAAGAAGAAGAAGAAGGAGAGGCCAGCGAAAGACUGCCCCAAGCUGGACGUGCUGGCGGGGACUUUGCAGGCAGCAGCAGAGCCGGGGCCUGACCCCGUGCACAUGCACAACGGCUCCCUGGAGCCGCCCGAGGAGCCGGAGACCUCCCCUCCCUCCCCGUCCACACACGCCGACCACACAGAGCCCGGGCUGGGGCCGGACGGGCACUCGGCAGACCCCAGGGACUGCACGCUUCUCCUGCCCGAGGGGGUCAGUGGGAAGCAGCAGGAGCCACUGUCCUUUCUCCUGGACAUCAUGCGUCACCACAAGGCGGGGACCGGCAAACAGAAGCCGAAACAGGCUGGGAAGGCUGGCAGCGAUCCUGGCGGGAGGCCCCCAGAGGCCCCCAGGCCCUCUGAGGGCCAGUCCAGACCUCGGCCCCAGACCGAGCCAAAGGCUAAAGUGCUGGACCUCAGCCCCCUGAUGGAGCCGAAGAGAGAGGAGAGGAAAGCCAACAGCAACAACAAUAACAAGAAGCAGUUGAACCACGUCAAGGAGGGGAAGGCAAGCCCCGGCCCCACAGAGCCCGCCUGUGCCGGCGAGCACUCGCCCAGCAGCAAGCUGGUGCUGGCCGACCCCCCCCAGCCCAGGGGCAAGAGCAAGAAGAGCCGGAAGAAGAAGGGAGACAGAGCCAGCAGCUCUCUUGACGAUGUUUUUCUGCCCAAGGACAUCGACCUGGACAGCGUGGACAUGGAUGAGACGGAGCGGGAAGUGGAGCACUUCAAAAGGUUCUGCUUGGAUUCCGCCAGGCAGACCCGGCAGAGACUGUCCAUCAACUGGUCCAACUUUAGUUUGAAAAAAGCCACCUUUGCCGCCCACUGAACGAGGACCACCUGGAGAGGGACGCAUGGGAGUCCACCCGGGCCGUACCGGGUGGGCUGCGGUGCCUGAGACCGCAGCCCCAGGAGGCGCCACCGGCCUGCUGUUCACUCCUGUGCGCGUCUGUGCUCCUGUGACCGCUGCUCCCACCACUUCCUCCGCCCCCGAGGCCUCGGGCCUGGGCCGUGGCUGAGAUGAGUUUGCAUCACCCUCGUGGCCCCGUCGCCUCUGCAUCUCGCCCCGUCCUGUCAUCCGUCCUCGAGGGCGUCGCCAUCACUCAGCGCCCACCUGAGGGGCGGGCGGGCGGGGCAGGCGUGCGCCAGUCUCCACAAUCUGCUGUUAAGAGUGUACAUGUCGCACUGUUUGUGUCUGACCCCUGACUCGUAGCCAGCUUGUGUAAGACCCUGCAGAGUGAGACCGUUCCAACGAGCCCACCCAGUACUCACCGUCCAGUCCGUUAGAGUGUACGACUGUAUUAACACGGGCCUGCCUGGCUACUUUUUAACAUAUUGUUAAGUAAUAUUAAAAUCAUGUCUUUCUUUUUGAAAGAUGGAAUACAUUAGUACAGCAGAAGGCCUCGUCUGGUUGCUU